AUGUAUAGAGGUUUAAUUAAUUCAUUUAAAAACACAUCAAAAUUUUCGACAUCAUUAUUUAAUAAUAAUAACAACUGUUCAACAACAACAAAAUCAUUUACACAUAUUUCCCAACAAUUAAGAAAAGUUCAUUUAAUGGCAGAUAAAGAAAAGGUAUUCAAAUUUGCAGGUAUUCAAUUACUCUGUGGUGAUAAUAAAGAAGAAAAUGUACAAAAUGCAAUUAAACAUAUUGAUGAAGCUGCUAAAAAUGGUGCAAAAUUAAUUUCAUUACCAGAAUGUUUUAAUAGUCCAUAUUCAACAUCAACCUUUGAAAAAUAUAGUGAAACAGAAGAUGGUGAAACAGUUAAAAAAUUAUCAGAAGCUGCAAAAAGAAAUCAAAUCUUUUUAGUUGGUGGUUCAAUUCCAGAAAUUGAUAAAGCAACUGGUAAAAUUUAUAAUACUUGUUUCAUUUUUAAUGAUAAAGGUGAAGUUGUUAAAAAACAUAGAAAAAUUCAUUUAUUUGAUAUUGAUGUACCAAAUAAAAUUAGAUUUAAAGAGAGUGAAACAUUAACACCAGGUGAUAGUUUUAGUGUUGUUGAUAUUGGUUAUUGUAAAAUUGGUGUUGCAAUUUGUUAUGAUAUUAGAUUUCCAGAAUUGGCUAUGUUAUAUUCAAAGAUGGGUGCUAAAUUCUUAAUUUAUCCAGGUGCUUUCAAUAUGGUUACAGGUCCAGCUCAUUGGGAAUUACUUCAAAGAGGUAGAGCUGUUGAUAAUCAAGUUUUCGUUGCUGCUAUAUCACCAGCUAGAAAUCCUUCUUCAACCUAUCAAGCUUGGGGUCAUUCAACUAUUGUCAAUUCAUGGGGUACAAUUUUAGCAACAACUGAUGAACAUCAAUCUAUAAUUUACUCUGAUAUAGAUUUAAAUACUUUAAAUGAAACAAGAUCUUCAAUUCCAAUUUAUUCACAAAAAAGAGAUGAUCUUUAUAAAUUAGAUUCAAUUAAAAAACAAUAA